AUGGACCACACCGACGACACCACCAACAAAAUGUGCGGCAAGCUCAACAACACAGACCCAACAACAGCAUCCGCCUCGGAGCCUCCUCACUCCCCCGCGACGAAUGAUCCCAGAAGAACCGGCGACGAUACUACCUCGCGGAGCGCCACAUCAACCUCCAAUCUCGGCAUCACCACGACCACUCUCCACGACGCCCGACUACGCAAUCUGACUACAGCCAAUCGAGCCACAUCCAACGCCCGCACCGAGUACCACGCCCUUCAAGCCGAAGCCACUCGCCAACGCAUCGACGCUCUGCAGAAACCGCUAGUGCUCACCGAGGAACAUGUCAACGUUCUCACAGAAAAGCGCGGGCUUGAGGAUUUGGUGCGCAUAUGCAGAACCAUAGAGACUUGUGCAGGGAUAUCUCAAGAGGCUGAGAUCAAAUUACUCGAGGAGAGGCUGGCGGAUAUCAAGUAUGUGGAUUACAUGGAUGAGAUGCUUGAGUGUAUUAAGUGA